CUUGAGACAACGUAUAUAUAGAGGUGCUGAUGACAUCGCAAGUGCUCUUUAAGCUCUAUAUCUCUUGGUCUUUAUUAUUUAUUUUUUCUCUCUUCGUUCGUUUUGUGAAUAUUCCAAACUUGAUUUCUACACAAAAAAUACUUUGCUUUUGAAAAGAAAAAAAAAAACAGUGAUGAUCAUAACAGUCCUUCAUUCUCCAGUCUCAUUCUAUUUCAUCAUCCUUAGCUUCCUCUUCUUCCAUGCAUUGCAUUUGGUAGGAAGUGAUGGUGCUACAAUCACCAUCGUAAACCGAUGCAGUUUCACCGUGUGGCCGGGAAUUUUGUCCAACUCCGGAAGCGGCGACAUAGGCACCACCGGUUUCGAGCUCGUCCCCGGUGGUUCACGUUCGUUCCAAGCUCCAGCUAGCUGGUCAGGUCGGUUUUGGGCAAGAACCGGUUGCAACUUCAACUCGGACACAGGCCAAGGCACGUGCAUAACCGGAGACUGCGGCUCUAACCAGGUCGAAUGUAACGGUGCAGGAGCGAAACCUCCCGCUACGCUAGCCGAAUUCACAAUCGGGUCAGGUCCAGAAGACCCGGCCCGUAAACAAGACUUCUACGACGUGAGCCUCGUGGAUGGUUACAACGUUCCCAUGUUGGUGGAAGCAAGUGGCGGGUCAGAAGGUACUUGUCAGACAACAGGAUGUGUAACGGAUCUAAACCAGAAAUGUCCAACGGAGCUCCGGUUCGGAUCCGGGUCAGCAUGCAAGAGUGCGUGUGAAGCUUUUGGUAGUCCAGAAUAUUGUUGUAGUGGCGCGUACGCUUCACCCACCGAGUGUAAACCAUCGAUGUACUCGGAGAUAUUCAAAUUGGCGUGUCCAAGAUCGUAUAGCUACGCGUUCGACGAUGCUACAAGUACGUUCACAUGUACUGAUGCUGAUUACACAAUCACUCUUUGCCCUUACUUGCCUAGCCAAAAAUCGGCAGCCAAUGGGUGGAGAGAUGGCGGUGGAUUGGCAGAAACAUCAUCGUCGCCAUUAUCGACGUGGUUGUCCGAUGUUUUCACCUCUGAUUCCUCAAAUGUUCAGUCUUCCAAAUAUUUACUAAUCUUUACUCUUUUUCUUCUUCUGCAAUUUUGAUAUAUAUUUUUUGUUUCUCAUUUCCGGGCCGGGUGUAUAUUUUUUCUAUCCACAUUUAUAUGUUUCAUGAUUAUGCAUAUUGAUGAACAUUUAAUUUAAUCACAUUUAUAUGGGUGAACUAAAUUUUGGCGGAAAAUAGCCUAAAGUCCAUGCAAAACCGUAACCAAAUGCAAAGUAUAUGAGAUGACUCUUUAGGGUAGAAGUACGAUAAGUGUAGUCGCAAGUUAGCAACCAACAUAAUAAAAUACUACUAAGUGAAAAAGUCUCGUGUAUUUAAAGAUAUGUAGUACUAUUAGUUUUUGUUUUGCUUUGAUGACGGAUGAUGUGUCCGAUAAGAAUUACAUUGAUGGAGAGAUGACGAGAAAUGCAAAGACUUGGAGUGUAAAAGAAAGGAAAAAAAAAUAGAGGACAAAAAGAUAACAGAAACAAAGGUGGAAAGAAGAUACAAGAUAUUAUCAAAAAAAAAAAAAAAAA